UGUCAGGCCACACAGGCCUCAGCUGCCCACAGUGGGCAGCACCAGCCCAGGCACAGAGUGGGCCUCCGUCAGCCAGUGCCCAUGGAUGGAGGAGUGAAAGUCCGGUUCUUCUUGGCAGAACAGUUAAGCCCUCAGAGGGAGGCGUGGCCUGCACCUGAGCUGGCAGGUGAGCUCUGGGGAUUUAAGUUCACGCUCACGCAGUGGCCACACCUGCUGCUGCUUGUGCCCAGGAGCUGUGAGCAGGCAGGCCUGAGACGGUGAGAUCCAGGGUGCCACUGGAACCCAGGACAGCAUGCUGUCCACACUGGGUGGCUCUCAGAGGUUGCUCCAGGUUCUGUUGCUCCUCCUGGCUGUGGCCGUGCUCCUACUCGUGGCCUUCCUGCGUGUGGACAUGGAACUGUUUCGGCCCCUGCUCAGUGGUGAGCCUGAGGAUCCCCCUGUCACCAACAUCAUGUUCCUCAAGACCCACAAGACAGCCAGCAGCACAGUCCUCAACAUCCUCUACCGCUUCGCCGAGUCACACAACCUGUCCACUGCACUGCCAGCUGGCGGCAGAGUUCACCUGGGCUAUCCCUGGCUCUUCCUGGCACGCUACGUGGAGGGUGUGGAGGAGGCUGGCCCUGGAGCCAGGCGGCGCUUCAACAUCAUGUGCAACCACCUGCGGUUCAACCUGCCUGAGGUGCGGAAGGUGAUGCCUGAGGAUACCUUCUACUUCUCCAUCCUCCGGGACCCGGUUCACCAGCUAGAGUCGGCCUUUACUUACUACAAGGGCUAUGUGCCGGCCUUCCGCAACGUCAAGACGCUGGAUGCGUUCCUGGCAUCACCACAGCAAUUCUAUGGCGAUGGGCAGGAGUUGAGCAACGCGUACGCACGCAACAACAUGUGGUUCGACCUGGGUUUCGACCACAACGCGCCCCCUGAGGAGGGCUACGUGCGCGCGCGCCUAGCCGAAGUAGAACAGCGCUUCCAGCUGGUACUCAUCGCGGAGCACUUUGACGAGUCAGUGGUGCUGCUGCGGCACCUGCUGCGCUGGCACCUGGACGACGUGGUGGCCUUCAGGCUCAACUUGCGCAGCGAGCGCACUGUGGCCCACCUGGCGCCCGAGAGCCGCGAGCUGGCACGGCGCUGGUGUGCGCUCGACUGGCGCCUGUACCAGCACUUCAACCGUACGCUGUGGGAGCGCCUGUACACCGAGCUGGGCCCGGAGCGCCUGCUCACUGACGUGGCCCGGCUGCGUGCACGGCGCCGGGAGCUGGCGGAGCUGUGCCUGCAAGAUGGUGCCCCACAGAACCAGGUGCUCAUCACCGAUCGGCUGCUGCGGCCCUUCCAGUCAGGCCAGGCCGACAUCCUGGGCUACAACCUGCGGCCUGACCUGGACAACGCCACACUGCACAUGUGCCAGAGGAUGGUGAUGCCCGAGCUGCAAUACAUGGCCCAUCUGUACUCGCAGCAGUUUCCGGAGAAGCCCCGCAAGGUCAUUCCCUUCCUGGAAGGGUAGCCAAUGCGGGUGCAGGGUGGGGUGUUAAGGAGGCCAUCCACGUGCCUUCUUUACCACGUCUCCAGGCCAACCAGAGCACCGGGUGAGAAGUGACUCACCUUGUCGGAGGGGACACAGACACAGCAAAGGAGAGGGAAGGGGAGGUGGCUGAGGCAGAAUGAUGGAGCUGGGGCAGGACAUGCCCCAUUGGUCACCCGUGGUGUCCCAGAUUGGCCCAGGGAGGCCAGGCUGGGUGCAGCUGAAUGAUGGUGGGUGGGGCCAUUGUGGGUGAGCAACAGUGAGCAUCUUGCCGACAAGC